CGUUGUCGGACGCCAUAGUGAACGCCUCGUUUCCCAAGAGACUCGAGUGUGGGUUCAACUCAUUAGUGAAGAACUUUGUUCUUGGUAAAUUGAUACUUGAAACGAGUGUAAAUUUAAUUUGAGCGAACGAUGGCAGGAGCCGAAUCACCAAAUGUAAAACAAGAAUCGCAAAAUGCGUCUGCAGAAAAUAGUAAUGAAAACCCACGAGAACGAAAUCCACCUGGUGGCGGCGGUGGCGGUGGUAAUCGUGGUCCGCGUGGUCGAAAAGGAGGAACACGUUUUUCUGGCGGACGUGGAGGCGGAAUGGGUGGUGGAAAUAGAAAUAAUGAUGGACCGAUGAAAAUGAGUGAUUCUAUGGAUGGAGGUAUGGAUAAUACCAUGAAUGAAGGAAUGGGUGGAGGCAUGGGAGGUGGAAUGGGUAUGGGGCGCGGUGGUGGAAUGCGGGGUGGUAGAGGUGGUCGUGGAGGCGGCGAUAGAAACAUGGGAAAUCGUUCGCAAGAUGAUCGUUUAAUGGAGCGUAUCAUGGCUAUUAGUGGACCUACACAUGAUCUACCACCUCAAGAAACCACAGAAAAAAAAUUUAGUGGUCGUAAUCGUUUGUAUAUUGGAAACUUAACAAAUGAUGUUACAGAAGAAGAAAUUCAACAGAUGUUUCAACAGUAUGGUGAAAUAUCUGAACUUUUUGUAAAUAAAGAGAAAAACUUUGCAUUUCUUAGGAUGGAUUAUAGAGUAAAUGCUGAGAAAGCAAAACAUGAAUUAGAUGGCACAAUGCGCAAAGGACGUGCACUUAAAGUACGUUUUGCUCCUCAUUCUUCUACAAUUAAAGUUAAAAACCUUACACCUUGGAUUUCAAAUGAAUUGCUUGAAAGGGCAUUUAGUGUUUUUGGUGAAAUUGAACGUGCAAUAGUUAUAGUGGAUGACCGAGGAAAAUCUACUGGAGAAGGAAUUGUAGAAUUUUGCAGGAAACCAUCAGCUCAACUAGCUCUACGGAAAUGUACUGAAGGAUGCUAUUUUCUAACUGCUUCUCUACGUCCAGUGGUUGUUGAACCAUUUGAGCAACAGGAUGAUGUCGAUGGUUAUCCUGACAAGAAUUUACCUCGAAAAAAUCCAGAAUUCUUUAAAGCUCGUGAUAUAGGACCUAGAUUUGCACAAAUAGGAAGCUUUGAACAUGAAUAUGGAACAAGGUGGAAACAGCUCCACGAAUUAUAUAAACAAAAGGAAGAGACACUGAAAAGAGAAAUGGCAAUGGAAGAAGAAAAACUAGAAGCUCAAAUGGAAUUUGCACGAUAUGAACAUGAAACUGAAUUAUUAAGAGAACAACUGCGCAUGCGCGAAGCUGAUCGGGAGAGGCAAAAGAGGGAAUGGGAAAUGAAAGAAAGACAGGCUGAAGAACAAAGGACACGUGAAGAAGAGUUACGGAGGAGACAGCAAGAAGAAAUGGCAAUGCGUAUAAGAAGACAAGAGGAGGAACUACACAGACGUCAACAAGAAAAUAAUUUGUUCAUGCAGGGUUAUGUUCCCUUUAUAUUUAAGGAGCAAGCAAUGAGAGGUGGUGGAGGAGGCGGAAUGGGAGGAAAGAAUUAUGAUUCCGUUAGUAACAGUGACCGCGAUGGAUAUCAACCUGACGGUGGGAGCAGCAUGCCAGUGGAUCCAAAGUCUUUCAUGGAUGCUUAUAACAGUAUGGAUCGUGGUAAUCGAGGGGGUUAUAAUGAUGAUCGUGGUCAAAUAAUGGAUUUGAUGGAUAUGAGGGUUGAUAUGGGUAAUAUGGGCGGUGGUCGUGGAGGUAGUGGUGGUAGUGGGCGUUGGCAAGGUGGAAGUGAUCGAAAUCGUCAGGACGAUUAUCCUAAUAAAAGAAGACGCUAUUAAAUACAACGCAGUAUUAAAAUAACUUUUUUUUCAAUCGAUUGAGAAGAAAUAUUUUUCCGAUAGUUCGCAUUGUAUUCUUCAGUCAUUUUUUUCCAACUUUCGCUAUCGAUCAUCUUUCACAUUUUAUAUCGUAGGGAAACAAUAUUGGCAAGAAUGAUUAGACAGAAAUGAAAAGGAGUGAAUAUAUGU